CCAUACAAAGCAUUUGGCGGGUUUUUCCGGGCUGCUCUUCUCUGAUCCCGUCCUUGAGAUGUUCAGUGGUGGCUUUUAGGAAGCUGGCCGUUCUCCCCAGGAGAACGACUUCUCAAGAUUUCUGCUCUCUUCCUUCAGGCGUUUGGGGACUUCAAAAAAAAAAGAAAACGUGUUUCUCCGUGACUGACGGCUGGAGCCUUCUGACGGCCUGAGGUUUUGGGCCAUUUGGUCACUCUCCGUCUCGGUCCCUCGGAAGGUGAAAGGAUCAGAGGGACCUCGUCCUGCUCAUCGAUCUCCACGCCUGUGGGUUUCUUGGCGUCAGGUCGGAGCUGGGUGGGCCCGGCCCCCCUCCUGGGUCAUCAUGGCCGUGUCCGCCCAGCUCUUGGUGGAGGAGUUGGAGAUCUUCGGCCUAGAAUGCGAGGAGGCUCUGGUUGAGAAGUUGAGCUGCGUAAGGACAAGGGUGCGUCUCUUUUUAUUCACUGCUGUGUCCUUGGGCCUCGAACAGUGCCUGUCCCUAUGAUAGAGCUGUGCGCUCUGUAUGGACAGAAUGAAGAGGGAAUGGCCGGCGAGCUCAUAGCCUUCUGCACCAGUACACGUAACGACUGCCUCACCGCAGAGACCCUGAACUCUUUUGAGCACGAGUUUCUGAGCAAAAGAUUGUCCAAAGCCAGGCUCGGUGCCUCCAAGGGCAGUGGGCAUGCGGGAGCCAGAGACAUUGUUUCCAUACAAGAGCUAAUUGAAGUGGAGGAGGAAGAGGAGACCCUCUUGAACUCUUACACCACACCCUCUAAGGGUUCUCAGAAGCGAGCUAUCACCACUCCAGAAACCCCCCUCACAAAAAGGAGUGUAUCUACUCGAAGCCCCCAUCAGCUCCUGUCACCGUCAAGUUUCUCUCCAAGUGCUACUCCCUCUCAGAAAUACAGCUCGAGAAGUAACCGAGGAGAAGUGGUUGCCUCCUUUGGCUCAGCACAGGUGAUGUCUUGGUCCGGGAGAGAAGGAGCCAGUAACAUCAGCCUGAAGGUCUUGGGGUAUCCAGAGCCGCUAACCGGGAGCUACAAAUCCAUGUUUCAGAAGCUCCCAGACAUUCGAGAAGUUCUGACCUGUAAGAUAGAAGAACUUGGCAGUGAACUCAAGGAGCAUUACAAGAUUGAGGCUUUUACUCCUGUUCUAGUCACAGCACAAGAGCCCGUCACCCUGCUGGGCCAGAUUGGCUGUGACAGCAACGGGAAGCUGAACCACAAGUCGGUGAUUCUUGAGGGAGAUCGGGAACAUUCCUCAGGCGCUCAGAUUCCAGUGGAUCUAUCUGAGCUCAAAGAGUAUUCUCUGUUUCCUGGACAGGUUGUGGUUAUGGAAGGAAUCAACACCACUGGUAGAAAACUUGUUGCCACCAGACUCUACGAGGGCGUGCCACUUCCGUUCCAUCAACCCACUGAAGAGGAUGGAGAUUCUGAGCAAAUCAUGGUCCUGGUGGCCUGUGGGCCAUACACCACAUCUGACAGCAUCACGUUUGACCCCCUGCUCGACCUGAUCACCAUCAUCAACCGCGACCGGCCCGACGUCUGCAUCCUGUUUGGACCGUUCCUGGAUGCUAAGCAUGAACAGGUAGAGAGCUGUCUACUGACAAGCCCGUUUGAAGAAGUUUUCAAGCAGUGUCUACGAACGAUUAUUGAAGGGACACGAAGUAGCUCUGGCUCACACCUCAUCUUCGUCCCAUCACUGAGAGACGUGCACCACGAGCCCGUGUACCCACAGCCGCCCUUCAGCUGCUCCGACCUGCCUCGGGAGGACAAAAAGCGAGUGCAGUUCGUGUCCGAGCCCUGCACGCUCUGCAUAAACGGAAUGAUCUUUGGCUUGACGUCCACCGACCUGCUGCUGCACAUGGGGGCUGAGGAGAUCAGUAGUUCUUCCGGAACUUCAGACAGGUUCAGCCGAAUACUCAAGCACAUCCUGACCCAGCGGAGCUACUACCCGCUCUACCCUCCCCAGGAGGACAUGGCCAUUGACUAUGAGAAUUUCUAUGCCUAUGCACAGCUGCCCGUCACCCCCGACGUCUUCAUAGCCCCUUCAGAGCUGAGAUACUUUGUGAAGGACAUCCUUGGCUGCAUCUGUGUGAAUCCCGGGCGCCUCACCAAAGGGCAGGUGGGGGGCACCUUCGGCCGACUCUACCUCAGGAGGCAGGCCUCGGGCGCCGAGGGCAGACGGAGCCCGUGUACUGCCGCCCAGGUGGUCAGGAUCUGAGGCUCGGUCCUCUGUCAUCCCCCGUCGUGCGGGCCUCCCAGACACCGAGAGCCCGGGAGUAGCCCUCUGCCAAGAUCCCACCCGUGGAAGGAGACGGGGCAGCCAGCUGGAGAGGACAGGGCUGCGGGCAGGGGGCCCAGCGGGAAGACCUUGGGCAGCUGGACCCCCUACUCCGCGUCGAGUUUCUCUGGAAGAAAGCUGUUGUUUCUUCAUGGACACUUGGAGCCCAGCGAGAACUGGCCGUGGACGCAGUACGCUCAGGAAGGUCAAGGCUUUGCGAUUUCCUACUGAGUCAGACAUAGAAACAACUUUUGGAGAUAUGAAAGUAAAUUCUGUGACUUCUGAGUUUAAUCUUUCUUCCGCUCCGUCUUUUUCCUGGUAGUGAACAAAGAAUGUUGCCCUCCUGGACCUCUGUGCAGAGAAGGCAGAGCGUCUGUCACACUGGGUUCCGCCCAGCCCCAGCCCCGAUCCUCCUAAGGCUGCUCCCAAGGCCCCCGUGGCCUCUGUGCUGCGGAGGCGCUGGGCUCGAGCCACGGAGCGAGCAGCUGGCUGUGGGCCGGGCCCGCCCGGCACGGUCCUCGCCGGCCCGCUGUGGUCCCAGCCUGACCCCUCCAUCUGGAGGGGGCGGCAUCUAGAGCUGCGCCAGAGCUGGAUUCCGUGGCGCUGGCUCAGCCGAGUCACCCAGCAGCCUGGGGCUCACCUCGAGCCCAGAACACUUGGACAAGGCCAGGCCUUCCAGGGUCCCCAACACGUCCCCUCACCUGUGUGUCCUGGCAUCUGGGGAGAGGCUGUCGCUGGCUAAACGUGGAGUGGGUUUCUGCCCUGAGCUGGCGGCUGUCCUGCCUCACACGCCAAAGCCAAGGCUGGAAACCCGCAGCUGUCAGACCGAGGGAGCAGCCCGUGCCGAUGCCUUGAGUCAGAGAUAAAUAGGUAACCUAACAGUGUCCAACCUUUGCCUUCCUCCUCUGAUGGUGAAGUGGAAUCAACAACAGAUCAGACCGGGCUGGGGUAAAACUGGUCUCCCUCUGAAAACAAGCAGUUGCUGCUUUGUUUCAUUCGUUUUAUAAGUGCCUCCUCUGAAGGCAGGAAUUAGAGACAAGCCCCAGCUUGGGGAGCUGGUUUUCCCUCCUCCCCAGGAUCCCCCACACGGGAAGCAUCCAGCCACGGUCAAAGGGCCACUGUGACUUAGCAGCCUCGGGAUGUGGCAUUGUUGGAGCCCGGGCCCCUCUUCCACAACCUGAUAGAGUUGCCGCAGUUCGAGAAUGUCAUUUGUAUUUCUAUCAAGCCACAUAUCAACCAAAAACCCACCCCUCCCCGCCUUGGAAAACCCUUGCCUGGGAAGAUUACAAGCCUUUGGCCACAAUAGACAAGGCUCCGGCCCUUACUGUGUGAGCCCAUGUGUGGCUUCUUGGGUGUCACAGCUCUGGCAAUUAUUUUCAUGUUGCUGCUGAAGCAGCCUUGUGGGGAGUGGUAAUGUCUUGGUGCCCAUUUGUCACGGACGAUCCAGAGGCCCCAGUGGGAUGGGGCGGUUAACAGAGGCGAGAAAAGACCUGUGUCCUGGUGGGAGGGAGGCGUGUGCAGGGCAGGCGGGCGGUGGUGUGCAGCUUCCCGGGAAAGAAAGCUGGUGCUCCGCGUGAAUGGGAGCAAGAGCCCGUUGCCUGGAUACAAGUCGUGUGACUGUUGGCAAUGCUCUGGGAGGACCCAAGCAGGCAUUUAAAACAAACAAAAAAAGCAGGAUGAGAACCCCAGAUUGCAGACAGGUCUGGCGACCCGUGCCCCUCUGACACCAGACGCUUCCCUUUUGCUCUUGGCGGGAAGUCGGUGCCCAGCGACUACCAGCUGACUGCUCCUCGGCCCCUCUUCACCUGGGUCGCCAGUUUCCUGAAGCCUCGUCCCACUUGCUCGUGGGGGGGUCUCUUCCCCCCUCCCCUCACGGGGGCUCAGGACUCUGAAAUAAGGCUCUGGGAGGGGGCACUGGUGACGGGGGUGGAUGAAGUGGAGGAACCUGGCUGGGCCUGGACUCC